CCCCACGUUUUCCCUUCUCUCGCGAGACUCCAGGGGCAGAGGGAAAGAGAGGGAGAGAGAGAGGGAGAGAGAGAGAGAGAGAGAGAGAGGGAGAGAGGGAGAGAGAGAGAGAGAGGGAGAGAGAGAGAGAGAGAGAGAGAGAGAGAGAGAGAGAGAGAGAGAGACAGGGGGACAGAGCGAGAGAGGGGAGUCUGCCUGAAUGAUCUCAUCCCUCCAGCAGCUGCAUAGCGCAGCCAGGCAAACACGUAACUUUCUAUAACUUCAAGUUUUCUUUCGGAGGAGGACACCGGAGCGUCCCUCGGGUUGAACCGGAGCAGCAGACACGUUUCCCCGGGAAGGAUUGUAUGUUUGGAGGAAGAGAAAUGCCAAGGUGCAAUGUUGAGGACUCGGCUUGAGCGCUAACUAAGUGGGCUUCCUCUUCCCUUUUUUGCCCCCUCACCUGUUGAUCCAGACAAUCAACCUGCUCAUGAAGUCAGGGAGCAGCAUCCUCUCCAAGAGGCAGCCAUGUCUCUCUGCUAAGUGCCUUUAGCCUUCGGCACUGGUGUCAUGACCAGCCUGAAGCGCCAAUCUAUGGAGCGCACUGUUGGGGGAACCAUCCCCGCCACUGAUGAGUUUUACACCCGCCACCUCCGUAUGGUAAACGGAGGAGUUUUGCCAACCCGCACAGACAAUAUCCAUGCCACUGUGAGCACAGGAGUGCCUAAAAUGGGUGUACGGGCUCGGGUGGCCGACUGGCCCCCGAGGAAAGACAUUUCAGGGGCUGUGUGGCAAGCAUCUACAGAGUCUGAGAACUCUGCCGUGCCCUCUGCUGGGAAAAGUCACAUUAAGUUAGGCUCUAUAAUGAGCCCUCAGGACUCGUCUAUGCUGCGUAAUAUCCACAAUACUCUGAAGAACCGAACCCAGACCCACGCCAACAACUAUAGCCUUGACACCCGUUACCUAGCCCCAGAUUACCGAGGUCCUGCAUAUAGAAACCCACGACAGAGACGUAUCCGUCAGCGCAGCAACAGUGACAUGACUAUCAGUGAGAUGGAAGCAAGUGGAGACAGCGGAGAGGACUGGGGUUCACCAACAGGGGCAAAAUGGUCUCCUCUUCAUCGUGAAUAUGGUAGCACCUCCUCAAUAGAUCAACAUGGAGCGUCUGGAGAGAGCUUCUUUGAAAUGUUGAAGGGCUACCAAGGGGACCAAGUUGACCAGCGUAGCCCUGCUCCAGCCAGACUGGAGGACAUGCUGAACAUUGGGCAGCAGCAGACUGUUAUUGAUCUCCAUGAGGAUGCCAUUGAUGGCCCGACCCCCAAAGCUAAGGACAGAGACAAGCCCCCAAAGAGACGGACUAAAUCAGAGACUGGGGGUGAGUCUAUAUUCCGCAAACUUCGUAGUGUGAGGGGAGAGUCGGACUCCCCCAGGGCGGGGUCUGACGUAGAGGAUAGCCGGAUGGACGACAUGGGCCCGCCUUGGGUGUGUCAGAAGAGUUUUGCCCACUAUGAUGUUCAAAGCAUGCUAUUUGACCUUAAUGAAGUCACCCAGCUCAGACAGACCGCAGGCAAGAGGAAAAACACCACCACAGGGGCGUCUGCUGCUGCCGUAGCCUCGGCUACCUCCACACUGUCCUCCACUCACAGCCUGCCUUACAGCUCUCCGAGUGGUAGCCAGGAAGAGCUCAGUUCUAGGGACAGCCCUGGUCUGGACGCAGGGGAUGAACAGAGCAAUGAGAUGCUGAUGAGCUGCCCCUGCUUCCGCAAUGAGAUCGGGUUUGAUAGCCUUGGGAGGCGCAGACUGGGAGCAGCUGGAGGAGGGUACAACGGGAUUCUGGGUGGUGGAACAGGUAAUGGUAGCUCAGGGACCAUGGGUGUGGAAAGUAACCUGUAUGAAACAUCUGUGAGCACACACUGCACCAAUGCUGGAGUAGCAGUGCUCGAGGGACCAAAGGAGGGGCCCAGCACGCUGAGUGAGAAGGGCAAACAGUACAUCGUAGAGCACGUGGACCUGGGAGCAUACUACUACAGGAAGUUCUUCUAUCUAAGGGAGCACUGGAACUACUUUGGGAUUGACGAGGCAUUGGGUCCCGUGGCAGUGAGCUUGCGCAGAGAGAAGAUGGAGGAGGAGAAGGAGCACGGGCAGCAGUAUAACUACCGCCUCAUCUUCAGAACCAGCGAGCUGACAACCCUGAGGGGCUCUAUCCUCGAGGAUGCAGUGCCUUCCACCUCUAAGCACGGCACCACCCGAGGACUGCCCAUCAAAGAGGUGCUGGAGCACGUUAUCCCUGAGCUGGAUCUGACCUGCCUCAGAUUGGCCCUGAACACACCCAAAGUCACGGAGCAGCUGAUGAAACUGGACGAACAAGGGCUGAGUUUUCAGGUGAAGGUGGGGGUGAUGUACUGCCGAGCGGGUCAGAGCACAGAGGAGGAGAUGUACAACAAUGAGACGGCUGGUCCUGCCCUGGAGGAGUUCCUCCAACUGUUGGGAGAGAAGGUUCGCCUCAAGGGCUUCACCAAGUACAGAGCCCAGCUGGACACCAAAACGGAUUCCACGGGCACUCACUCGCUGUACACGACGUUCAAGGACUACGAGCUCAUGUUCCAUGUGACGACUCUGCUGCCUUACACACCCAACAACAAACAACAGCUGCUGAGGAAGCGUCACAUAGGGAAUGACAUAGUGACCAUCGUGUUCCAGGAGCCCGGCGCUCACCCCUUCACCCCAAAGGCCAUCCGCUCUCACUUUCAGCAUGUCUUCAUCAUCGUACGGGUGCACAAUCCCUGCUCUGACAGCACAUGCUACAGUGUGGCUGUCACUCGUUCCCAGGACGUCCCCUCCUUUGGCCCACCAAUCCCCAAGGGCGUUACCUUCCCCAAGUCCACAGUCUUCAGGGACUUCCUGCUGAGCAAAGUCAUCAACGCUGAAAACGCAGCCCACAAGUCAGAGAAGUUUGGUGCCAUGGCGACACGCACGCGGCAGGAGUAUCUACGGGACUUGGCUGAGCGCCACGUGACCAGCACUCCUGUCGAACCCACCGGAAAGUUCCCCUUCAUCUCUCUGGCUCACAAACGGCGGGAAAAGGUGCGCCCCUACAGUGGGGCGGAGCUGCGGAGUCUGGGAGCGGUGACCUGGCAGGUCCACGCUGAAGAUCAGGUGGCCGGUUCUGAGCGUGAGUGCUUAUUGGCGAUUUCAAACGACUUCAUUGUCCUGUUGGAUCAGGACGCCAAAGCGGUCGUGUUUAACUGCGCCACACGUGAUGUGAUUGGCUGGUCGUCGGGGAGCCCCGCCUCCAUGAAGAUGUACUACGAGCGUGGUGAAAGUGUGUCGCUGCGCUCCAUCAACAACAACACAGAAGACUUCGGAGAGGUUGUCAAAAGACUGGAGCUUUUGACCAAGGGCACUCAGACCACCGAGAUGACCCUGCGCCGUAACGCCUUGGGCCAGCUGGGCUUCCACGUCAACUUUGAGGGUAUUGUUGCCGAGGUGGAGCCCUACGGAUACGCUUGGCAGGCUGGGCUCAGGCAGGGCAGCCGAUUGGUUGAGAUCUGCAAGGUGUCGGUGGCCUCGCUGUCUCAUGAGCAGAUGAUCGACCUGCUCAGAACCUCUGUUACUGUGAAAGUGGUGAUCAUACCUCCGCAUGAGGACUCCACACCUCGCAGAGGCUGCUCUGAAAUCUACCACAUGCCACUGGUGGAUUACAAGAACCACAAGGAGGGGAUGCCCUACGAGUUGAAGUUCCCUUUCCGCCCAGCUAACAACAACACAAAGUGGCCACGCACCUCAUCAAGUCCACAAACUCGUGCUGCUGGCACAGGGGGAACCCUGAUCAAAGCCCCGCCUCCAGACUUCAGUGACCGCAACUCUGCUGCUAUGCCCCGAAGUGUGUCCAGCGAUGGUCGACCCCUCAACCCCAAAAGGUAUUCCCCCGGGAACGACAACUAUGCUCUGGCCUGCUCCAUCGUGAUGGGCCGCACAAUGCACAACACAAACUCCCCCGCCACACUCUCCUACACAGACGGCAUGAGCUCCAGCCACUGGAGGCAGAAAUCCAUGCCUGAUGGGUUUAACAACAACAACCACCAGUCUGCUGUGAGGCAGGGGACAGGUGAGGGGGCCAAUGGGAUUAAAGCAUGCUCUAGUGUUGGAUGGUCCCGCUCUGGGGAGGGGGAAGGAGUGGGCAGACCGGGGGACAAAACGAGUGCUGACACAGCAGUUUCCAAAGCAGUGAUCCCUCGUCCACAGCUGUUGGAGCAGGGCGGCCACGUAUCUCCUAACAAAGGCUCUAAGCCUGAUGGUCCAUAUUCGUCCAGCCAGUCAAGCAGCAACACACUCUCCAGUAAUGCCUCCAGCUCCGCCCACAGCGACGAGAAGUGGUAUGAAGCGGGCUCACGUUCAGCAGUGCGCGGCGAUCUCGAGCUCAAUGGCUAUCUCCAGGGUACCUCCACCGACAGCGGCAUUGACGCCACCUCCUUCACUGCCACGCAAAGCAGCACAGCUUCCUCCACCGGUGCUUUCAGAGCCAAAGACAAAGUCCCCUGGCAGGACGACUCAGCAGGAAACCAGAGGACCGCAGACACUCCACCUCCAACGCAGGACGCUCUGGUCGCCGUCGGAAGCAGCGAGAUCCCCGCUAAGAGUCCGACAGCUUUCCCUCUCGUCCCUGAUGGUGGAUCCUACAGCCUGAGCGACGCUGCCUCCCACUCCAGCACACUCAGCUCUGGACACUCAGGGAGUCCAAUGUCACCACAAGAUGAUGCAGCGGGCAGAGCCACCUCGCCUACAUCGCAGGACUCCCCUGGGACGAAGAGUUUCUACCCUCGUCAAGGUGCGACCUCAAAGUACCUGAUUGGCUGGAGGAAACCAGGGGGGACCGUCAACUCUGUGGACUUUGGCAGCACUCGGAAGCGGCACCAGAGUGAUGGUCUAUUGGGUGGUCAGCCGCAACUCAGGGCCAACCUCCGGGGUGCUCAGUCACCCCAACGGCACACUGCCAAAUCCAGCCUGGAGGAAGACUUGAAGAAACUCAUCACACUCGACAGCCCUCCACCAAGUGAAGAGAAGCCAUUGUUCCCCGGUCCGCCGCCCACUCGUCGCUCCCUGCAGAGGACCCUCUCAGAUGAGAGUAUUUACAGCGGGCAGAGGGACUCAUCCUCCAGCGGACAGCGUGACACGCCUACUGACCUCCUGUUCAGCUGCUCCACAAUGCCACGCUCGCCCACCACACGCCACGGAGCAAACCGGAGAGCCUCGCACAAAUCCCUGGGAGACCUUUCAGCCCCAGAGAGCUCUGAGCUGGAGCAGGAAAGGAAGAGGCAGCAGCUGCAGGACUCGGCUCUCAUGCCCCUGCCUGACUCUGGGGCAGAUGGCCCGCUUGACUGGGCCCACCUGGUAGAUGCUGCUAAGGCCUUUGAGGAGCAGAGGCUGGUGUUCCUGGCAGCCCAGGAGGAGAGCGCUAUGGCUGAGAGCGCUAUGGCUGAGAGCGCAGCAGCAGCCAGCCCUCAGCAGGCUGAGCCUCAGGCAGCCCCACUGAGACAACCGUCGCCUGGAGAGACUCCAGCCUGCCUGAUGGGGAAGGUCAGCCAGCUGGAGUCGAUGGUAAAGGCGCUACAAGAAGACUUAAAGAAGGAGAAGGAUGCGAAGGCGUCACUGCAGAUACAGAUUCAGAGCCUGCGAGAGGACAACCAGCGUCUCCUGGAGGAGUCUUACAGCGCCUCGGCCAAGCUCAAGAAGUUCACAGAGAUCUAGUGGAGAGGACCAAUAUGAGAGAAAAACAGGGGAUAAGACAGGACAAAGACCAUGAGCCAGAGUCAGACCAAUGAGUCCCGGGCCCCCCGAGCACAGCAGAUCAGCCCCCUGCACCUUCAUUCUUAACAUGUGUGACAGCAUGUGAAUCUGUUUCCAUUGAGCUGUGAUGUGUAAAAAAUGUUUAUAUCUAUUAAAGAUAUUUUGUUGAAUUACA